CCGUGACUACCUUGCCAUUCACAUUCCCUCGACGUUACUCUGGGACGGCUGAUAUGUCUCACCUGUUAGGGACAUCGGUGAAAAUGCUAUGCCUUUGCUGGAAUGCAAGAUUGCGCAUGACGUCGGAUACGAGCUGAGUCGUCCAGAGGUUACUGAGUAUCCCGCCUCCGAGGUACUGUAUUCUGGCUGAUGUAUUAACAACCUGGGAGUCGAGGAGUACGCAAGGACCCUUCGCAGCCUUGCCAUCAGAUAUCCUCGAGCAGCUUCUGCAUUGAGCAGUCGUCCCGGUCUAUCCUCGUGGUCUCGCUUUUCGAUCAGCCUGGCUUGAUGAGAUGCAGACUUUGCAGGACCACCCGACUGUCUAUGCAGAUGGUUGCUCUUACCACCCCUUUGGCCUCUGACAACCUCUAAGCGCCUGCUAUUCGAUGAAGCGCCGAAUCGUGUUGUAGCCGCUCCAGGCUUCAUCAAACGAGCACGGUUACCUAAUCCGAGUGAUUGACCGUUUACCACUUGCGUCAAGCAGACCAAAAAGCUUGAACGAGACAAGAUUGUCUCGGCGCGAUCGUGUUGAACUACUAUACUUACGACCAUGGUUGCCUGGUGAGAGAGUGUAAGAAGAUGGCUGACUACAAAUGUGUCAAUUACAGUCUCACUAGGCGCUAUGCCGGAGCAGUGUCUGGGGAGAGCUUCUGAGAAGAUUGCCUCACUUACUGUUUGCUGACAGUGUGGUGGCAGCAUCGAUUUCUGCUGAAGACACGACACUAACAUCAAAUGUCCUUGACAGUUCGUUGGCCCUCAACUUUUGUAAGGUGAACACGGCCAUUGGAGCUCAUAGAGGUCAAAUACCUUGUUGUUACAUCCAACACAUCCAACCAACUCGAUUGCUUUGGGCGCGGUUAUCUUUGCGAUGCGUCUGAACUCCCCUCAUCGUUCCUUUCCAACUACGGAUACCGGCUGAAAUCUCCGCGCCUGUACCACGAACCAUACUCCUGCUAAAGAGGUGGACAGCGUGACAGCCUCGUAUCUGGGCCGCCUGAUCUGCAGAUCGGCGCAACCCCUCAAUGUCCAAGACACACCAGCCCUCGAACUUGCCAUCAUCACUGGACUUUUGACGAACAGGCAUCCAAUGAUAUAUCGUCAUAUUGGACUUCUCAAGAACUUCCAUCCAGUAUCAUCGAUCUUGGGGCAUCGCAUUUCAUCAUCGAAGAUUUGACCACUACUGAAUACGGACGGCAGACAAAGGGCUCUCCGCAUGCCAAGACAUACCACCCGCGAGCAUCGAAGUGUCGAUCACAGUGCAGGACUGGCCAACCUAUCUGUUCACGCGACGAGAAGCCUAACCAUACCGCACGUGGCAGAUCAAUGUGUGUCCCCUAUAAGAUGACGAAAGCUGCAGUCCUUCGUCUGAAACCAGACACACAGUUCAUAUUCAGCAGUUUGGUGAACACAAUCAACAAGCAAAAUGACUGAACCUCUUUACCAGAUACGAACACAUCCAGGUCGCGCUCAUAGUGCCGCUGGUCCUCGCCGCAAGGGAGAGGAGUUUCCCAAUGAAGAUGACAAGCAAGAAUUGAUGGAAGGUGAUGCUUACGAUAUCCUCGGCUACAGCUAUCCAACAUGGAAGAAGUGGAUGAUCUUAGGUGUUAUGUUCUACAUUCAGAUCUCCAUCAACCUGAAUGCCAGUCUCUACGCCAACGGCGUGAAGGAGAUCUCUAAGAAGUUUGGCAUUAGCGAACAGGCAGCACGAGUUCCGCAGCUAACGUUCCUGUGCGCCUACGCGUUUGGAUGCGAACUAUGGGCGCCGUGGUCUGAAGAGCUCGGCCGCUGGCCCACACAGCAAUUGAGUUUGUUCCUGGUGAAUAUCUGGCAGAUCCCAUGUGCUCUGGCACCAAACUUUGGAACCUGUGAGUCCGAGAGCUGCAGGUCAGCCCUGAAGUUGUACUGAUAUCCACGUGUCAGUGGUCAUUUGUCGCCUCCUAGGCGGACUAUCUACAGCGGGUGGAAGUGUCACGUUAGGAGUUCUCGCAGAUAUGUGGGAGCCAGACGAUCAGGAGUACGCCAUCGCUUGGCUCGUGCUGUCUUCAGUGGGCGGCUCAGUCGUGGGGGCGGUAGUCGGAGGUUUCGUCGAGCAAUACCUCUCCCUCCCUUGGAUAUUCUGGAUCCAACUCAUCGCAGGUGGCGCCGCGCAACUCAUCCACUUUCUACUAGUCCCCGAGACCAGGGCCACCAUCCUUCUCGACCGCGAAGCGAAGCGGCGACGUAGGGAAGGCGGUCCUCCCAACAUCUACGGCCCAAUCGAGAUGCACGGCUUCCAACUUGGAUUCAAGUAUAUUAUGACCGUCUGGAGUCGGCCCUUCUACAUGCUAUUUACUGAACCAAUCGUGGCGUGGCUCUCGGCGGUCAGUGGGUUCAGCGACGCGCUGAUCUUCACGUUCCUUCAAGGGUUCCAGCCUAUAUAUAAGCAGUAUGGCUUCAGUUCUAUGCAGCUUGGAUUGGCUUUCGUGCCGCUGCUUGUUGGGUACUUCUUAGCGUACCUGUCCUUCUUGCCGUCGAUUCACGUCUUCCGCCAGCGAAGGCGGAAGCAUGGCUCGGACAGUGUUCAGCCUGAAGCGAGGCUAUGGUGGCUUCUCUAUGUCAUACCGUGCCUACCAAUAGGCCUUUUCGGCUUCGCCUGGACGAGCCUGGGCCCUCCCAAAGUGCCCUGGAUCGCGCCGAUGAUAUUCACGGCGAUCGUGGGUAUUGGAAAUUACUCGAUCUAUCAAUCGUCUAUUGACUACACUGUCGCUGCCUACGGACCAUACGCGGCAUCUGCUACCGGCGGCAACGACUUUGCCCGAGACUUCCUCUCAGGCAUCGCAGCUUUGUAUUCAACUCCAAGUACGUUGAUUCAUCCAUCCUACAACCGUUUUGAUGCCUCCAUCUCAUUCCCACUACUCCAGCUGCUUCUGCAGUUUGUCCGGUCUCCCGUCCUCAUCACCGUUGCAUAACGUUGCACGCCCCCGACUGCAGAUCUUCACUGACAAUCUACUUGCUAGUGUACUCCAACAUCGGCAAGAAAUACCCCGAAGAAUGGGCUUCCACGAUCCUCGCCAUCGUCGCCAUUUUCGUGACCAGCCCGGUCUACUACUUCUACCGAAAGGGCCCUCAGAUUCGAAUGCACAGCAAAUUCGCGCAGCAAGUCGCCAAGGACCGGGAGAAGCAACUCCAGCGUAGGAAGUCCAAGCCUGCUGAACAACAGGUCGAACAGGCCGAGAAGCCCAGAGGUCCUGCUGAGGUCGAGGAAGGCGGGAUUGAGUACUACAGAGAAACAGGGCGACUCUGAAGUGACAUGAACCUUGCUGCGCAACCUCCUCGGGCAUUCUCGCGACCUAAUUAUCAAUUUGGAUGGUCGGUCGAUUUCAAUCAUGUUUGAGCACUCGCACUGAUGACCUUGAUCUGUUGGCACUCCAUGGAGUAGAAUAUCACCUCUACCGGCGCUUCUUGAUGCUUGUGGACGACCUAUGUACUAUUAACCACUACUUUCUUUCCACCCUUGAUAAUUGAUGUUCAACCCGCUGAGUCUGCUAAGUAAUCUUACAUCUUGAUGCUCGUGCUCUCAAGGCUUG